AUGCUUCAGCACCAAAAGAAUCCACGAUGCUCAUACGAUCAGGGCUUUCAGACCUGCAGUGAGGUCGAAGAUAUGGAAGUUGUACAGGUCUCCAAGGCUCUGGAAGAGAUCUGUCUCUCCUCUUAUCCUCUGAUGGCUGGCAAUUCAACUGAGGCUCCUGAUGCUGGUAAACCCAGUACCCCUGAGAGUCAUCAGAGUUUCUGCUCAUCUUCCUUUGCCAUCACAACCACCUCAUCAAGUGAAUUGAAUGAGAGCUCCAGGAGCCAAGAAGAGGAUAGCACCUUAUGGGCUGGGCCUGACCCCAAUAAUGUGCCCAUAGAUGCUCUAGAUAAGAAGGUGAUUUCGUUGGUCAAUUUCAUGCUGUUCAAGUAUCGCAUGAAAGAGCCAGUGACAAAGGCAGAUAUGAAGAUUGUCAUCAAAGAGUAUGAAGACCACUUCAUUGAGAUCUUCCUGAGAGCCUCUGAGUACAUGGAGAUGGUCUUUGGCCUUGAUGUGAAGAGAGUGGAUCCCAUCAACCACUGCUAUGGCCUCUUCAUCAAAUUGGGCCUCACCUAUGAUGGGGUGCUGGAUGGUGAAGAGGGCAUGCCCAAGACCGGCAUCCUGAUCUUUAUCCUGGGUGUGAUCUUCAUGAAGGGCAACAGUGCCACUGAAGAGGAAGUCUGGGAAGUGCUGAAUUGGACGGGGAUAUAUGCUGGGACGAAACACGCCAUCUUUGGGGAGCCCAGGAAGCUCAUCACCAAAGAUUUUGUGAAGGAAAAGUACCUGGAGUACCGGCAGGUGGCCAACAGGGAUCUCGCACAGUUUGAAUUCCUGUGGGGCCCGAGAGCCCACGCUGAAACCACCAAGAUGAAAGUCCUGGAGUUCCUGGCCAAGUUUAAUGGGACUGACCCGAGUUCUUUUCCAUCUCAGUAUGAGGAGGCUUUGCAAGAUGAAGAAGAGAGAGGCCGAGCCAGAAUUUCAGCCAGGUCUGUCCCUACUUCUGUGGCCACUGCAAGUUCUAGUGCCAAGUCCCUUAAUUUCUCUUGCUCCUAG